CCCAGCAUCCCGUCUCACCCACCAGCUGGACUUUUCCAGCCAGCUCACUUUCUCACCCCAGAUAGAUCGUCAUAUAUAUUUCUCCGUCCUGAUAAGCGACAACUGCGAUCAUGUCCGCUUCCCACUUCAAGGUAGUGGAGCACGCCAUUCCCUGCCAGUCGAUUCGAGAGUAUCCCCACGCGGUCAGGGCAGACCACCCGCCAUUGCGGUUGGCAGUCAAGCAAUACAUUCCUCUCAACAACCCCAAUCCCAGCCCAGAUGAUCUGACCAUAAUCGCUGGGCAUGCGAAUGGGAUCCCCAAGGAAUGUUACGAACCCAUCUGGGAUGAGCUCCUCGCGUUGACCAAGGUCAAAGUCAAGGCCAUCUGGAUUGCAGACUGCUCGCAUCAAGGCGCGAGUGGGAUCCUCAACGAGUCUGUCAUGAGCGAUGAUCCGAACUGGUUCGAUCAUUCGCGAGAUCUCUUGCACAUGGUCAACCAUUUCCGCGAUCAGAUACAUCCCCCGAUCAUGGGAAUCGCCCACAGCUUCAGCUGCUCCCAAUUCGUCCACCUCUCCAUAAUGCAUCCACGACUCUUCCACUCUCUCGCCUUCCUAGAGCCAAUGGUCCAGGUCGAGAACCCCAGUAAACGCGGAGGACGCAGCCCCUCCCUAUGGGCGAGUUCCCGCCCAGACCAAUGGCCCUCGCAGGCCGACGCCGAGAAAUUCAUUCGCAGCAGCGCCUUCUGGCGCAAAUGGGACCCCAGGGUCGUGGACCGAUACAUCCGGUUUGGACUUCGACCUCUCCCCACGGCCCUUUAUCCCGACUCGUCCUCAGACGCGGUCACACUCACCACCACCAAGGCACAGGAGGCGUGGACGUAUCUGCGAUUCAACGCGACUCCACAGCGAGACAACAGUGAUUCAGGAGAGCGUUUCCUUGGCCCGGAUGUGGCCAUGGCAGGGAAGGACGGAGACAUGAACAACCGGCAAUAUGUCACCACCUCCCCCUGGCCCUGCAUCGCGUUUGAGUUCCUCCCCUAUGUCCGACCGGCGGUGUUGUUUGUUUUCGGGGAGAAAAGCCACAUUAACGUUCCGGACCGCAGACGCGAUAAGCUGCAGCGCACUGGGAAAGGGCUCGGGGUCCUCAGGGGAGCGACGCAUAUGGUGCCUCUGGAGAAGGUGGCCGAUAUUGGGCGCCUUUUGUCGGACUGGUUGGAGGCUCAGCAUGAGGCGUUUUGGGAGGAGAGGGAGUUCUUCCGGACGCAUGACAGUGGGAAGUCGGAGCAAGGCACGAUGGCUUUGUCGAGCCUGUGGGUGGAGCAUGUGAAGAAACCGGUUGAUACGAAACGCGAGAAGAAGUCGCGAUUGUAG